UAUCCCUAUUUGGUCACUAGGGGGACUGGCGGCGGCGUCUGCCGGGGAGCGGUAAGGGCGGAAGGGGACGCGGAGCGGUCGCGUGCGCGGAGAGCAGCUCUGGGCGCCGGGCGGUUGCUGCGGGCGCUCAGGGGCCCUGGGAACAAUGGCGCUGUGCGCGCGGGCCGCGCUGCUGCUGGGCGUGCUGCAGGUGCUGGCGCUGCUAGGGGCUGCGCUGGACCGGACCGACGCUCAGGGCUCUCCAAGUGGAAACCACUCUGUGCUGAUCUACAAUGUUAACAUAACAGAGAAUACCAACCAGACCAUGAGUGUGGUUUCCAACCAGACCAGUGAAACACAGAGCACCGUGAAGCCUUCCAUACUGCCAAAAACUACCACAGUUAUCACUGUGAAACCUGCAACUGUUGUUAAAAUAUCAACCCCAGGCGUCUUACCACAUGUGACUCCUACUGCCUCAAAGUCUACACCCAAUGCAAGUGCUUCUCCAAACUCUACCCAGACGUCAGCAUCCAUGACAACCACAGCCCACAGUAGUUUAUUGACAACUGUAACGGUUUCAGCAACUACUCCUCCCACCAAAGGCAAAGGAUCGAAGUUUGAUACCGGCAGCUUUGUUGGUGGUAUAGUGUUAACACUGGGAGUUUUAUCUAUUCUCUACAUUGGAUGCAAAAUGUAUUAUUCAAGAAGAGGCGUUCGGUACCGAAGCAUUGACGAACAUGAUGCCAUCAUUUAAAGUACUUCAGUGGUCAAGGAAAGAAGAAAGACUGCAGCCUUAUCAAUUAUUUUGGUUUAUAUUAGUUUAAACUAUUAUUUUCUUGGAAGUAGUAUAAACAAGUCAUGCAUAUAAUGAGCAGUGAAUUCCAUGAAUAUCUGGAAAUUUCUCAUUACUAUAGGUAAAGGGUGUACUCUGGGUAAAAUGAAUAUUGGGAACUAACAGGUAAUUUAUCCAGUGAUUGUAUUUCCUUUAGCAAGACAAGUCCUAUCUUUUGGAAUAUGUGCGUGGCAUUGAUUGGUCAUGUAGGACCAGCAUCACUGAGUAGCAGGACCCAUCUGGCAUACAGAUGAGGAGGCUGUCACAGCAUCCCGGAUCUCAGUAUCUUCGCUGCUCACAUAAAGCACUUGAGUGCCAGUCAGAACUGGGUGAUCCUAAUUCCUGCCUCAGGUUCCAUGGUUGAGCUAACCAGCUUUCAAGUGCAGUUGAAGGAAGUUUCAGUAUUUUAGGGUUUAGAUUAGAGUUCAUCUAGAAGUAGAACUUGCACUCCAAGUGCAUCCCCCACGACCUCCUGUGCUAACGGCCACCGAGCACUGGGAGCUCAGACUUGGCUCAUCAUCUCCCUUCAACUGUCAGGAUUGGGAUUUCUUCCUUUGUACAUAAUUUAGGCAAAGCUGCAGUGCUCACCCGGCUUCUUAAAAGGCGUAGCAGCAUGAAGACGGCUGUCAUGCUGCUGUGGAAACCUGUCCCAGCAUGGCGAACUGGUUUUCACAGUCACUUGUCAGUUGAGUUCUAGUGAAUGUCUUUUAGGCAAUGUGGAGCUGCUUCCCAUACAUAGAAUUUUUUAAUUGAAUCAGAAAUGCCAUUUUUAAAAAGCUCCAUGAUAUGAUGUCCCACCCAGUGUUUAGAAGUCUAUAUUAAGCCAGGAAUUGUAAAGCCCAGGCCUUUGAACCCACAGGGUACAGAUGCAGUAUUUUUGUACACUGUCAACUUAGUCAGAUUUAAGAAAAUGACUUUUUUAUACUAAAGUGUAUUUUGGUGAAUUCUGCUUUCCUUAUCCCCAAGCCCACUCCUUACCCUUGAAAAGAGAGCUGCAUCCUGAUAUUUCCAGGGAAGCAGCCUCAGGUCACCAGAGCAGCCACGCUCUCUGUGGCAGUGUAAGUUCUAAAGUUUAUACUCAGGUCAAACUCAGGGCCAGGUUUAACAAAGAAAGUGUUUAGUUACAAAAUACUAAUUAUAGUAUGCUAUUGUAAAAGGACAAAGUGAAUUAUAGCAAUUUCAAAAAGUGUAGAAAUAAGCCAAAAAUAUCUGAAUGAGCACACAUCUAUGUUACAAUUAAAAAUGUAAGUAUAACUUUUGUAAUCUGCUUCUGAUUUUCAAAACAACGCACGCUACCAAGAAUUUUCUUAUAUAUAAGAAUCAUUUCUACUUGCUUUACAUCGGGUCCAACUGACAUGGUGAGGCAUGGACUGCUCAGGUUAUGUUAACACGGAGAGAGAUGCUAGGAAAUGGACCAUGGAAUUAGACUAGUUUCAAAUGAGGGCUGCUGAGAAAGCCACACUUCUUAUUGGCUUUCAGCCACUGCUCUGCUUUCUGUGUGAAAUACAGUUCAAGGCCUGGGGGCAACGAGGGUGGUGAAAGUUUAACUUUGUCUGUUACAUUCUUGGUACUUCAGUACCUGCCAGAGAUCCUCUUGAAUACUUGUUUCUUUAGCACUUUGGAGAUAAAAACCACUGUAUAAAGGCACUGUUAUUAUUUGCCUCUUACAUUUCCACUGAGUUGGGGGUUAAAAGUAAUUUACUUAAUAUCUUUUCUAAUUUGUUACUUUCAAAUACCAGGACUUUGUUGAAGAGACUUCUUUUUAAUGUAUAAAAAUUGAAUGUUUCCUAAGUGUAAGUUGUCUUCCAAGUCUCACUUAAGCAAAUGCUUACCUUUCCUAGCUUUCCUAGAGAAUGUGUUUGUUAAGAUAAAACAAUGAAUAAAUCCAUAGGAGGACUAAUUCAAAUAUGACAGUUGGCAACAUAUUUUAUGGUGUGGUCAUUUUGUAUCUUGAGGAGAAAGACUAAAGCAAACCCUUAUUGCCCUUUUUCUAUUGUAAUGACCAAUUUUGGUAUUUCAUUGUUACUAAGAUCUAUUUUUAGAAUAAAAUUUGUUCUCCAUUCAA